AUGCUUGGUGUUUCUAAAUCAGUAUUCGUGUAUUCCAUCAUUAACUGCAUUACAGUUGUUGCACUUGUCUCUAUAAGAGAAUUGGCAACUGAUGAUAUCAUUGUUAAUAUCAAUAAAGGUUAUGCUCUUCAACGUAUCGGUACUUACUCAACGAAUAUGGUAGAAGAAGUUGUGCACACAUUUUUAUCACUUGAUAAUUUUUGUGCCGUACAAACAACAAACGCUGUUUGUAAAUAUACUUCAUCAUCGUCAACGACAAACAUUAUUGAACUUGCCACUAUAAUAACAUCUGAUCAUAUAAGAGACACAUCAUUUAGUUACGACAGAGAUAACGUGUCACAAUUGAUUGCUAAAGAUUUAAACCGUGUUCUUGUACAACAUAAGUCAGAUGAAUUUCUUCGAGAUACUGAAUCAAAUGUUCAUUUUAUUAAUAACAAAUUUUAUUAUAACAAUAAUGCCGCCAAAUUAUCACCAGCAACAACUUCUAUUAAUGCCGUUGAUAAUAAUAAUAAUAAUAAUAAUAUACUACAGUUUCGUGCAACAUCAGUAGAUAUGAUUAUUAAACAAAUUAACAACAACAGAAUAAGUUUUGAAUAUUUGUCUCUUGUUGAUUUAAAAUUGUUUUUAACAAUUGUAUUUUCCAAUCUUGAUAAUUCGUAUAAAAUUAAUGAUGUUGAAGAUUCUCUAAAUGCUUUUUCUCAAAUAGCCGUUGGACAAUCUAUCUAUGCUUUACGUUAUUGUGGAUUAAAUAGACAACAUUCAUUAUCCUCAAAACCAUGUCUAGUAAUUUCAACAUUAUUUAUACGAAUUCCAUCAAAUAGUCCCUCAGUUUAUUCAAUUUAUCGUUUGUUUCCAUUACCAGUAGUUACUAAUGAUAAUAAAUAUAUUUAUUCUGAUCUUCCAAAAAUCAUAGGAAUUAAUUCUAUUGAACAAACAUUAAUUAGAACAACACGUAUUGAACAAUUACGGAUUGAUUCAUCAAUAGAUACACAAUGUCCCUUAAAACUGUUUGAAACAUUUGAACGAAUUGAAUUUCCAUUGGCCAUUGAAACUGUAUUACGGGAUUCAACUACACAUACAAAAACAUUUUUUGAUCAUUAA